UCUGUCAGUAACACAUGGGCCAGAAGAGCGCAGAGGCGGAGAAGCAGCAGCAGCUACAGAGAAGGCGAGCGAGCAAGAGCGGGGCCUCACUGCGCGCGUCCCGACGAAGACAACUCCUCCUUUGGCACAACAGGAAGGGGAGCCGCUCUUCUCCUUCCUGCUUCCCGCUGAAAGGCGCCGCUUUCGGGACUUUUCCCCGGCUUUGGAGCCCAUUUUGGAAGCCUGAGGAGAGGAAAGAGGGAGGACCCAGACUCUGAGGAGGAGGAGGAGGAAGAGGAGCGGGCCCUCGCUGAGGAAACAAGCAGAUCAGGCAGAGCGCGCCGAAGUGCCAAAACUUAGCGCCUUCAGAGCAGCAGCAGAGAAGGGAAACCAAGGAAGGAAGGAAGGAAGGACUAACUCGCUCUCCCACUCCUGAGGCGGAGAAGAAGGGCGCCGCUUCUCUCCCGCCGCCGCGAGGAAACAAAACCCAGCUUGCUCCGUCAACAACCUCCCCCCUUUUCCCGCCUCUCCGCUUUCUGGCGAAAGGAGAGCCCUCCCCGUCUUUUCCACCACGUUAUCCUCGGCCUCUUGCACCAUAGAGGGGAAACAGAACAUGGUGAAUCCGGGCAGCAGCUCACAGCCUCCCCCGGUCACCAGUGGCUCCCUCUCAUGGAAGAGAUGUGCAGGCUGUGGAGGGAAGAUUGCUGACCGCUUCUUGCUCUAUGCCAUGGAUAGCUAUUGGCACAGUCGGUGCCUGAAGUGUUCCUGCUGCCAAGCCCAACUGGGAGAAAUUGGCACAUCCUGCUACACUAAAAGCGGCAUGAUCCUGUGCAGAAACGAUUAUAUCAGGUUAUUUGGAAACAGUGGUGCUUGCAGUGCUUGUGGGCAGUCAAUUCCUGCUAGUGAGCUGGUUAUGAGGGCACAAGGGAAUGUCUAUCAUCUUAAGUGUUUUACGUGCUCUACCUGCCGGAACCGCCUGGUCCCCGGAGACAGGUUUCACUAUAUCAAUGGCAGUUUAUUCUGUGAACAUGAUAGACCUACAGCUCUCAUCAAUGGCCAUUUGAAUUCACUUCAGAGCAAUCCACUACUGCCAGACCAGAAGGUCUGCUAAAAGGUCAGAGUACUGCAGAAUGCGUGCCUUCAUCUCAAACUUUGUUCAUCACAGAUGGAUCCCAUGUCUCCAGUAGACAAGUCACCUUGUAGCUAGCAUCAGUGCCAGCUUCAUGCCAUUGCACCUUCUUUACUCUUGGUUGCCCUUCCCACAUUUAUUGGUGUAUUACAAUGACUGAAAAUGAACAUUAAGGACUCCAUGAAUCUGGGCUAAUGGGAGACUGUAGAGAAAAUGAAAAAAAUCCACUGGAGGAGAACAACUUUGGGUGGGAGGGGUGGGGAAAAUGACUAAUGAAGCUAAUUAAAAUAAGCUUUCAAGUCUGCUUUCUACCCUCAUUAACAAUUAGCAGGGCACUGGCCAGAAUUUGUACCCUGUGUUUUACCUUAACAACAUUCUCUUUGCUCUUUGUAUAUUUAAGUGUUGUAAGGAAAUGUGUUUCAAAACUCAGACAUGAGCUAAAGAAAGGAUGGGGCUCUUGUGAUAUUCUAUCACAAACACUUUUGUUGUAUCUCUGUAAAAUACAAUGUAUGUAUGCAUGUAAGUGUGUUUUGUCCUAAUGUUGCUACUUCCCAUGACACAAAAAAGAAAAAAGAAAAAAAUCAAGCUCAUAGCAGCUACUGUGUAGAAAUUUUCACCUACUCCUAAUUUGCUGAAUGAAGAAGAAAAAAAAUCUUUUAUUUGUGAUACUUUCAGAGACAUUUGCUCUAGUAUGGUGUAUUUAAAUAAUAAAAACUUAAAAUGAAAACAUC